GAGGCUAUAAAAAGCAGGAGAGUAGCUUUGUAUUCAUAUGCCUGUGCUCUUGAAUACAACAGCAACUGCGGAGCUAUUAAAACAGCAGUAUGACAAACCUGUUUAUCCUGGUGCUGCUCGCUCCGUAUGGGCUGCUGGCUUCUGAACGAAACGAGUUACAACAACCAGGCGACGGGUCUCCUUGGUUUUGUCAUAAUCUGGACUGCCCAAAAUACACUUUGGUGAAGAAGUACGAGACAUUUGAAGUGCGCAGCUAUGAGGCUAGCCGCUGGAUGACCACCGAGGUGGAAGGGAGGUACAUGAAUGCAGCCUCUAAAGGCUUCAUGCGUCUGUUCAGAUACAUUCAAGGAGACAAUGAAGCAGGGGAAAAUAUUCCAAUGACGGCACCUGUUGCUGUCGCUGUAUAUCCUACAGCCGACAGCACAGGCAUGGGAAAGAGUCACUCUGUCUCCUUCUUCGUACCCCCAGCGAUUGACCCACCUAAACCAAAGGAUGCUAGAAUUCAUACGUUAAGUGUCCCAGCAGGCACUGUGUAUGUCAGGUCUUUCGGGGGGUUUGCAAUGGGGACGACUGAUGUUGAUCAAGCCAAAGCGCUGGCUGAUGACUUAAAAGCCGAGGGCUUGUCCUUUGAUGAAAAGAUCUUUGUGGCAGCUGGAUAUGACCCUCCCAUCAGACCCAUCAACCGACACAAUGAAGUCUGGUACCAUGCAGCCUAGAAGAAUGCCACCCAUCCCUGUGAUAAAGCAAAAGAGUGCAGAAUGUAGAAUGUGACCUUCAGAAAAUAAUGGGUCAUCCUGACCUGUUCAUACUAAUAAAAGCACUUCAAGCUAAAUUGUUUUUAGUAUGCCCGUUUUUAAAGCUGUCUUCAAUCACUCCUCCAGUUCACGCUAACAUACAAUAUUGUUUCUAUCUGUGCUGGGGGAAUCAAGCAUGUUUCCCUGAAUAGAUAACAUACAUAUUUUAAUAAGCAAGACUGUAAUCUCACUGCAAUGGUAUCCCAAAUUGCAUCUGUUUACUACAAAGGCUGAACAAUUGGAAUAGUUCAUUGUAUAACCACUGCAUUAGACCACCUGCUCAGAAAAGUGCAUGAUUAUCUAUUCUGGGAAACAAGAUAUUCAAUAAGCAAGUAACAUAGCCUGUAGAAGAGAAACAGUAUUGCUUCCUGUGUAAAGCAAAUGAGCCUUGUAGUUGCUGACAAUGAAAGUUGAAUAAAAAAUCUAAUGAGAAAACA